UUCUAGCUGAUAGUCACAUGACCCCGCCCCGGCCAACCACAGACAAGAGGCCGAGCAGGCACCUCGGCCGCCAUUAAAGAAAGGAAUCUGUGAAUUCAAAUGGAAAACCUGACUCGACCUUAAUUCUUUUAUUUAUUAUUAUCCCCUUGCCCUUUCGCCGGGUGGGAUUUCUUUGAGGCAGGCCGGGGUGUCCAAGGCUGGAAUCCCCGCAGCAGCGCCGGUAACAGGCUGUGUGUACGCAGGAGGGAGGCAGAGGAGGAGGGGGAGAGGAAAAUGGCGAACCUGUGAGAGGAGAAGCGGAUAAACAGUCGGAGUCUUGCGCUCUUACAGAUUUCUUUCUCUUCAGUGGCUUUGUGGGGACUUGUUCCAUUGCCCCCCUCCCCGGCGUGCCCUGAGGCCUCUUUGCGCUCCGGUGGCCGGGCGGUUCCCGCCAUGCACUGCGCCCCUAGCCGGGCCACCAGCGCCGGGGGAGGGAGGACUGAGACACCACCCGGAUACCUUCACUAGUAAAGCCCCUGGACACAUUGGCUACAUCUGUGUUGUCGCUCCAGGACCAGCUGCUUUUUGAUCCAUCGCACAAAAUCGCUUCGCUUACCUCCAGGACACCGCAUACCUCGUAUGAUUCGUGCCCCCUCUCGAGUUAGUGAGACCAGGACGCUGUACAAACCCAAGGGAACCUGCCUGUGUUUCCACCCCUCUUGCAAGCCUAUGCCCAAGCCUCUGCCAAAGCCUCAUUAACUCCUGAUAGAAUUCCUUCCAGUUGGAUUGCACCCUACAACCAAAUUAAUGACUGGUUAGACCAGUUCUAUUGGCAUCUGCUCCUAUCCCAAAGCUGCACAGAUCCUGGAUCUUAUUUUCUGGGUUACUAUAUAUUUUUCUUGUAAAGCAACGCUGAAGUGUCUUAUUGUCCUAGCUGAUUCCUAUCUAUUUUUCUUGUAUCGGGGUGGGAUAAUGGCGUGUGUUUUCUGGCUGUGAGGAUGAGUUCAUGCUUUGUGCCGAACGGGGCCAGUCUGGAGGAUUGCCACUCCAACCUCUUCUGUCUGGCUGAUCUUACCGGGAUCAAAUGGAAGCGGUACAUAUGGCAAGGCCCAACUUCCGCUCCAAUCCUCUUUCCAGUAACAGAAGAGGACCCUAUUUUAAGCAGUUUCAGUCGAUGCUUGAAAGCCGAUGUGCUGAGCGUUUGGCGACGUGAUGAGCGUCCGGGACGAAGGGAGCUGUGGAUAUUUUGGUGGGGAGAUGAUCCAAAUUUUGCUGAUUUAAUCCACCAUGAUCUUGCUGAUGAGGAAGAUGGCAUUUGGGACAAUGGGCUUUCCUAUGAGUGUCGCACCUUGCUCUUUAAGGCUAUACACAACCUUCUGGAAAGAUGCCUCAUGAACCGUAACUUUGUGCGCAUCGGGAAAUGGUUUGUUAAGCCUUAUGAAAAGGAUGAAAAACCGGUCAAUAAAAGUGAACACCUAUCCUGCUCUUUUGCCUUUUUUCUUCAUGGAGACAGCAAUGUUUGCACAAGUGUGGAAAUUAAUCAGCACCAACCAGUAUAUCUUCUCAGUGAGGAGCAUCUCACAUUAGCCCAGCAGUCGAACAGCCCAUUUCAAGUUAUACUUAGCCCAUUUGGAUUGAAUGGCACCUUGACAGGACAAUCUUUCAAGAUGUCUGAUUCAUCCACCAAGAAACUGAUUGGAGAAUGGAAACAGUUUUAUCCCAUUUCAUCUAAUGUAAAAGAGUCCUCAGAGGAGAAGCAUGAAGAAAUGGAUUGGGAAGAUGACUCGUUGGCUGCUGUUGAAGUAUUAGUUGCUGGGGUCAGAAUGGUCUAUCCAGCCUGCUUUGUCCUAGUUCCUCAGUCAGAUCUCCCUCCUACCAGCUCUGUUGGAUCUUCUCACUGUUCAAACACCUGCUUAGGUGUGCAAGUGCCUGCUUCUUCCAGAGAUCCAGCUAUGUCCUCUGUAACACUCACUCCUCCAACAUCCCCAGAAGAAGUGCAAACAGGUAGCAUUGAUGCCCAGUCAGCACAAAAAUGGGUAAAGUUUCCUGCUGUGUCAGACUGCUUUAACUCUGAUACAACUAGCCAUCAUGGUGGCAAGAUUCCAAGAAAACUGGCUAAUCAGGUGGUCGAUAGAGUGUGGCAAGAAUGCAAUAUGAACAGAGCACAGAACAAGAGGAAGUAUUCUUCUAAUGGUGUUUGUGAGGAUGAGUCUCCUGAAAAAACAACAUCCUGGGAUUUUGUUGAGUCCACACAGAGAACAACUUGUGUCUGCUCAAGGCACAAAAAUGUAAAGCAGAGAAAUUUAAAUCAACCAGGGCAGCCAGUGACUGCUAGUAUGCAACAAGCAACCCAGAAGCACAAGACAAAUGAUAAGCAGGAAAAGGGUGACAAACCCCAGAAGCGUCCCCUAACACCUUUUCAUCACCGUGCAUCUCUCAGCGAUGAUUUUAAUAUUGAGGCAGAUAGUGCCAGCCAGAGACUCGGGAUUCGAUCCCAGGACACUAGAGGAAGGUUCUCAAAUAUUCGACCCAAUGAUGUAGCAAAAACUCCUCAAAUGCAUAAUAAUGAGAUGACUAGCUCUCCACCUCCACCUCCCCUAAGUCCUCACCCUUGUGAAGUUUUGGAUGAAGGAGGAGAAACCAUUAAAAAUCCAUCAACUCCUCAUAGUCAGCAUUUUUAUCAAAUGCCAACGCCAGACCCAUUAAUUCCAGUAAAGGCUAUUGAUGAACGGAUAGAUAGUUUACCGCAAACCUUUGCUUCAGCAUUCCCUGAGAUUUUAGAGCCAACUAUGUAUGUGGGCACUGCUGUCCGCCUAGAGGCCGGUGAAAAUGACAACACGUGGAAGUAUUAUAAAGUCCCAAAAAAGAAAGAAGCAGAGUUUAAUCCCCCACAGCUUCCAAAUGAUAAACUUAGGGAAGAUACUUCCGGAAAGGAAAAUAUCAUAUCUGUCACAGAGUUAAUGGUGCAAGGUAAAAAACCGUUAAAGAUCUCAGAGGAAUUACUUCACAAGUAUCAAAGCAAAAAUCAAUACAUACCAACAGCUGUAUUAAACACUGAUCAAGACUCUGAUCCAUAUACGUUUGUAGAUGAUGAUGUGGAAUUUAUAUUUUCUGACUCAAAGAAGGAAAGACAAAUCACAGAUAGGGAUGUUGGAAAAAAACACAAGGCAGAAGAUGUAAUGUCUAAUGUUUCAGUGUUACCACAAGAAGGUGAAGAUGCAAUGUCACUUUUUAGUCCAUCUGUCAAACCAGACGCACAGCGAUCUGAAGCUCAUGCACGCACUGCAUCAACAAGUCUCUUUCAUGAAACAGACCUUGUGGUAUCUUACACUGACCUGGAUAAUCUCUUUAAUUCAGAUGAGGAUGAGCUAACUCCUGGAUCCAAGAGGGCCCUUAAUGCUGAUGAAAAAGCAAACGGCAAAGAGUUGAAACCUGGAAAUUUAGAUCCCCUGUCUUGCAUAAGUACAGCAGAUCUUCAUAAAAUGUAUCCAACACCACCUUCUCUGGAACAGCAUUUUAUGGGGUUUUCUCCUAUGAACAUGAACAGCAAAGAUUAUGGCAAUAUGGACACUACACCAGGAGGAUCACUGUUAGAUGGAAGCAAUUUCUGUAUAGGUGCUCAAUUUAAAAUAGAAGUUGAUGAAGGUUUCUGCAGCCCAAAGCCCUCUGAAAUAAAGGACUUCUCCUAUGUAUACAAACCUGAAACGUGUCAGGUGCUAGUAGGAUGCUCCAUGUUUGCUCCUUUAAGAACUCUCCCCAGUCAGUGUGUGCCAGCGAUUAAAUUACCAGAUGAGUGCAUUUAUCGCCCAAGUUGGACAGUUGGAAAACUUGAGUUGAUCCCUCCGGUACCCCAUAUGCCCUUCAUCAAAGAUGGCAAUAUUCCCAGUGUUGGAAGUGCUAUGGAUCAAGACUAUGUUCAGACAUACACCCCUCAAACCCACACACCUUUUGGGAUGUCAAGCAGUGCUCCACCCAGUAACAGUGGAGCAGGAAUCCUUCCUUCUCCUGCAACCCCUCGUUUUUCUGCUCCUACUCCGCGAACUCCAAGAACACCUCGUACACCACGGGGAGGUGGUGGUCCAGCUAGUGUCCAAGGGUCAGUGAAGUAUGACAAUUCUGACCUGUAUUCUCCUGCUUCAACACCAUCAACAUGCAGGCCUCUCAACUCCGUUGAGCCAGCAACCGUUCCAUCAAUCCCUGAAGCUCAUAGCCUCUAUGUGAACCUCAUUCUUUCUGAGUCUGUGAUGAACCUCUUUAAAGAUUGCAAUUUUGACAGUUGCUGCAUCUGUGUAUGCAAUAUGAACAUUAAAGGAGCUGAUGUUGGAGUCUACAUUCCAGACCCCACACAAGAGGUGCAGUACAGAUGCACUUGUGGCUUUAGUGCAGUGAUGAACCGAAAGUUUGGCAACAAUUCUGGCUUGUUUUUAGAAGAUGAGUUGGAUAUUAUUGGCAGACAAACAGACAGUGGUAAAGAAGUAGAAAAACGAUUUGAAGCUCUCAGAGCUGCUGGAGGAGAUCAUGGUGUUUUAAGAGACCCGGAGAAAAUGCCUGAUGAGUUAAUAUUACUCCUCCAUGAUCAGUGCACUAAUUUGUUCUCUCCAUUUGGCACAUUGGAUCAAGAGCCUAUCACAAAAACCGGCACAGUAAGUUACUCGGCUCGUGUUGAAGAGCAGGACUGUUGUAAUGAUUGUUACCUUGCAUUGGAGCAUGGCCGUCAGUUCAUGGAUAAUAUGUCUGGAGGCAAAGUAGAUGAAGCACUUGUGAAAAGUACUUGCUUACAUCGCUGGUCUAAAAGAAAUGCUAUAGAUGCCAGUAUGCAGUGUUCCCAGGAUAUCCUUCGCAUGCUUCUUUCAUUACAACCUGUGUUGCAAGAUGCAGUUCAGAAAAAAAGAACUGUUCGUUCUUGGGGUGUGCAGGGACCCUUAACGUGGCAACAGUUUCACAAAAUGGCCGGUCGAGGCUCUUAUGGAACAGAUGAAUCACCAGAGCCACUGCCAAUCCCUACCUUUCUUGUGGGCUAUGAUUAUGAUUUUUUGGUGCUGUCACCAUUUGCACUGCCUUAUUGGGAAAGACUGAUGUUGGAACCCUAUGGGUCACAAAGGGACAUCGCUUAUGUUGUUGUAUGCCCAGAUAAUGAGGCUUUGCUGAAUGGAGCCAAAAGUUUCUUUAGGGAUCUCACUGCAAUGUAUGAGUCUUGUAGGCUUGGUCAGCAUAGAGCUAUCUCCAAACAGUUAACAGAUGGCAUCAUGAAGGUUGGGUCUACGGCUGCUAAAAAGCUGUCCGAAAAGCCAGUUGCCGAAUGGUUUUCUCAAGCAGCAAAUAGCAACAGUGAAGCAUAUUCUAAACUCCGGUUGUAUGCACAAGUUUGCCGAUAUGAACUAGGUCCAUAUCUUGCAUCCCAGCCACUAGACAGUUCCCUGUUAUGCCAGCCAAACCUCGCUUCCCCUGCAAGUCAGGCGGUUUCAGUCCAGCCAGCAUCAUCAUGUACACCUGGAAAUCCAAGCACUCCAUCCUCUUUAAACUCUUCUGCAGCAGCCAGCUCCUCUACUGUAACACCUAAUAAUCUGCCUCAAGCAGCUGCCACAGGGUCUUCAUCUACUGCCAACGUGGCUGGUGGCAUGAGCGGAAACAAGCCAACAUCAUUUCCUCCUUAUGGGAAUAUAAGUAGUACCACUAAUUCCAUUCCAGCACAAGUUAAUUCUGUUCAGAACAAUCAAGGAGGGCAGCAAACACAGCAAACAUUGCAACAAAACACUGGAAUGUCAAGUGAACAGUCUGCAGCUGCAGCAGCUGCUGCAGCAGAGGUCACUGAAAGUACAAUGGAGCGGGAUAAAGUUGGUGUCCCUACUGAUGGAGAAUCCCAUGCAAUCACUUAUCCACCAGCCAUAGUGGUUUAUAUUGUUGAUCCUUUUACGUAUGAAAAUAAAGAUGAGGACUCAAACGCAUCUAGUGUGUGGAUGCUUGGACUUCUACGCUGUUUUUUGGAAAUGUCGCAUAUCCUCCCACCCCACCUUAGAAAUACAGUUUCUGUGCAGAUUGUUCCAUGCCAGUAUUUCUUGCAGCCUGUCCGACAAGAGGAUCGUCAAAUAUAUACACAGCACUUAAAAUCAUUAGCGUUUUCAGUGUUUACCCAGUGCCGAAGACCAUUUCCAGCUUCAACAAAUGUGAAGACAUUAACUGGAUUUGGGCCUGGUUUAGCUAUUGAAAAUGUGUUAAAGAGCCCUGAAAGACCUGACUGUAUCCGUCUUUACACACCACCAUUUAUUCUGGCUCCUGUGAAAGAUAAACAGACUGAGCUUGGUGAAACAUUUGGAGAGGCUGGUCAAAAAUAUAAUGUUUUGUUUGUUGGGUACUGCUUAUCACAUGAUCAGCGAUGGCUUUUGGCUUCUUGUACAGACCUUUAUGGGGAGCUCUUAGAGACCUGCAUCAUUAACAUUGAUGUGCCAAACAGAGCACGACGGAAAAAAGGUUCUGCUCGCCGUUGUGGUCUUCAGAAGUUAUGGGAAUGGUGUCAAGGGCUUGUACAAAUGAGUUCACUUCCAUGGAGAGUUGUGAUAGGGCGCUUAGGAAGGAUAGGCCAUGGAGAGUUAAAGGACUGGAGCCGUUUGUUGAGCCGCCGCAAUCUUCAGUCACUCAGCAAGAGGUUAAAAGAUAUGUGUCGCAUGUGUGGUAUAUCUGCAGCAGAUUCUCCCAGCAUUCUAAGUGCUUGUUUAGUCGCAAUGGAGCCACAAGGUUCAUUUGUGAUCAUGCCUGAUUCUGUAUCAACGGGUUCAGUAUUUGGCCGUAGUACAACCCUGACCAUGCAAACUUCUCAGUUAAACACACCACAAGAUACAUCAUGCACUCACAUUUUAGUUUUCCCUACAUCAGCAUCUGUUCAGGUAGCUUCUGCUACUUACACCACUGAGAACAUAGAUCUGGCUUUCAAUACAAACAAUGAUGGUGCAGAUGGAAUGGGAAUUUUUGAUUUAUUAGACACUGGUGAUGAUUUGGAUCCUGAUAUCAUUAACAAUCUUCCUACAUCUCCAACUGGAUCCCAAGGGCAUUCACCUGGAUCCCAUUAUCCACACGGAGGUGAUGCUGGAAAGGGUCAAGGUACAGACCGGCUGCUGUCCACAGAAUCUCAUGAUGAAGUGACCAAUAUUCUGCAACAACCUUUGGCACUUGGUUACUUUGUAUCAACUGCUAAAGCUGGUCCUUUGCCUGACUGGUUUUGGUCGGCAUGUCCUCAAGCACAAAAUCAGUGCCCACUGUUUCUUAAGGCCUCUUUGCACCUCCAUGUGCCUUCAGUGCAAUCCGAUGAGCUGCUCCAUAGCAAACACUCCCACCCACUGGACUCCAAUCAGACGUCAGAUGUGCUCAGGUUUGUUUUGGAACAGUACAACGCCCUCUCCUGGCUAACCUGUGAUCCCGCAACUCAAGACAGACGCUCGUGUUUGCCGGUUCACUUUGUGGUGCUGAACCAGUUGUAUAAUUUUAUCAUGAACAUGCUGUGAUCUUUUGGAGGAAAGCAAAAGUUUAAACAAGAAGAGGAUUCCUAUUUCUUUGUGGAAUUUUGGUCCACCCUCAUCCCAUAUACAUGAAUUUACUGUUGAUUGCUUAAAGCCUAUUUCUUUCAAGUUGACCAUUUCUUACUGACCUCCCACCGAUCAACCGUUUUCAAUAUUAUUCAUUUGGAUUGUUGCUUUAAACACACUCAAAAUUUUAUUAUAUGAAAGUCACUUUCAUGAUCAUCUCCAGUCUCAGUAUUUGUUACGAAUAGGAUCCUCUAUCUGCUGGCAUAAAGUUUAUCUAAAAGCUCGGGGAUAAUUUUGAACAAUGAGGAGUUUCAUCACAUGACUUUUAAACAUCCUGAGGAAGUUAUAUGGAUUACAAAACCUAUUAAUAGAAAAAAAUGCCUGCAUCUCUUAUUUAUUGUAAGUUUUUAAAUGUAUAAAUUGUCUUAUAUUUCUUAAUCUCUUUUAUAAAAAACAAAACAAACUUUUUUCCUAGAAGGUUUAUACUGCCUUCUUGCUUUAAAGCAAUUGGUCUAAAAUAUAUGUACUCGUCUUAAUUAAAAGUUGCAGUAGGUUGCUUUUAGAGUAUUAUUUUUUGUAAGGGGGUGGGCAGGGGACUUAAAAAUUUGUAUUGUCUUGAUGUACAGAUUGUUGGGAUUUUAGGAGCGUUAAUGUCCAUACCAUUGUGUGUGGGGGUUUUACAGCUAAGCUGUAGCUGCAGAGAACUUGUACAGUAAUGAACUUCACUGUGUUUAUAAAUUUGAAAAAACAAAAAAAAGGUACCAGGUCUUAAAUUUUUAUAGUCACACCUCAACAAACCGAGUAACCUGAUGGCAAUAUAGAAUUGAAUAUUGUAGGUGGUGGUUUAACCUGUAGUGACAAAUAAACACUUCGGUUUAAAUAAUUUUUUUUUUUUUUAAUAUUGGUCCAGGGCUGUGACUGCUGUUGCGAGACCUGUUGCUAUGAAAUAACACUUUACCAGUUUUUAAUGGUGUGGAAGAAUACUUGUUUGCCAUCAAAUUACAUUUUGACAACAUCAAAUAGCAAAUUAAAUCAACCCCCCCCCCACUACUUAACUAUAGUCCAGUACAACUGUUCUUAAUGAGAAGCAGUCAAUUUAGAACAUCAGGUGUAGCCUAUUUUUAUUUUUUUUCUGUGCCAUGUAAAUACAUUCUCUUAUUGAUGGCAUUCUGACUUUUCCAUGACUGAUCAUAUUGGCAAUUCCCUCUAUUUGCUUAACUACUUGGAAAGAAAUAAAGUUGUAUUCAGAUAAAAGAGAUGCAAGUUUUGUAAAUACAGAGUAUUUACUUUAACAUUUUCAUUUAUAGAGAAAAAAUACGAAUCGAGUUUGCAUUAUAUGUAUAUAUAAAAUAUAUACAUAGAUAUAUAUAUAUAUAUAUAUAUAUAUAUAUAGAAAUAUUUAAGAAAGUAUCAACUUUUUGUUUUCUUUAAAAUGAAACACUUGGUGACAAAAAAUAACUUGCAGAUCCCCCCCUCCCUCAACAUAGAGAGAGAAACACAUGUCCUUGGAAGUUUUUAUCAACGCUUGGAGCCCAUACAAAUGUAUGUGUUCUUGUUUUUUAAAUAAUUUGUACCACCCCUUCUAUUAGAGCCUCAAGCUUUUUGAAUUUAUUUGACCGUAGUUGUUGGUGUGCGUCCAAUUCAAACUCUUGUAUCAUUAUAAUGGAAUGGCUUUUGGAGAACAUGUCUUUAGCUUUACUCUGUAGUCAGGCUGGUAGGCUCACACACUUUAGACCCUAGACUUCUCCUUUGUUCAGGCUCCCCUGUAACUCCUAUCAGGGUUGCUGAUAUAUGAAAACAAAGCUUUAUCAGACAUACAAUAGUUUUAAUAUGUAAGACCACACUUCCCAAAAUAUCACCCUAAUUGCCUUCAUAUGGCUCCUCCCCCAGCCACUGUUCAAUACUCCUUAGAGGGGCCUACCCCACAGUUGAAACCACUGCACUAGGCUUAACCUAUUUUCUUGUUUCAGCCAGCUGGUAGGUGUCCCUACCCUACUGAUAAUUUUGUGCCUUGCUCCAUAGAAGACUUUUGUUUUUAUUGUGCAUGUCUUCCCCGGUAUUUAAAUACAGCAGGAAAAUAACCAUGUGACAUCAUCCUUAGACUUGCACUAAUGAGUUGUUUGUAAUUUGUAAGGUUUAAAUAAGGAUACACUCUUAACUGAGCCAUUUCUAGAUUCUCUAGCUAUAAAAAUGUGACGAACCCAAGAAAGAGAUGCCAUUGUCCUGAACAACACUAAGGCUAAUGUUGCACGUGGCAGUUUUACGCUGCGAAAUCCUGAAACCAUUUAAUAUGGGCGCACUAAUGCCAAUAUACAGGACUGUGUAUUUACAUUUUUUUUAGCAUUUGCUGAAAAACCACAACUUUUCUGUGGAUAUUGAUUGCAGUGCAAAUGCAUUGGUAACUGUGACUUGUGGCUGAAACUGAAAUACAAUUCACUUCCUAAAGAGUAGCCAAAAAAAAAUAUAAUGUGUGGCAUUCGACUUGGUAUAGAAGUAUUACUGGUGAAUGGAUUCAAGGCUUUUUAGUUCUGCUUUUGGAAACGUAAAAUUAUAAAGUUAGUUGUCUGUUCAGAUGUUUCUCCUUCCCAGUGUCUCUGCCCCCUCCUUUCUACAGUCAUUUAACCACUAGAUUUAAAAGCACUCCAGCUUCUGUGUUGCUCUGUGCUAUCACACUACAUGAUCGGCUCUGACCCCCACUUCAUUUUGAUGUAUAAUAUGCCACUUUUUAGGUGUUAAUAAUUUUUUAACAUCAUUUUAUAUUGAACACUAUUGAUAUUUGUUCUUAUUUAUUUUCUUUAUAGAUCACAAUAUUAGCACAUUGGCUGUGAGGCGGCUGUUAUGUUUUCUGUUAGCCGAGACUUCAAACUACUGCCCAACUUCAUUUUUUUUAUUUAAAACAAAAAACAAAUCUGCCUUAAAUUGUUUCAAAUACAACAAAGUUAAUGUCUAUAAAUGUGACCAUUUAUAUUUCAGUGGGAUAGUGAUCAUUCAGCUAUGGCUGAACUCCACACAAUUAAUUCCAGGAAAUCUCCCUGCUUUGCCAACAUUACGGGGCAGAUUUAUCAAGGGUCAAACAGUCAAUUCAAAUUUUUGAGUUUAAAAAUUCACACAUUCAAAUUUUAAUCCCUCUAUUUGAAUGUGAGAUUUAACACAUCUCGACCAUGGAAACCGUCCUAAUUCCAAUAUUUGCCACCUAAUAAGAGGUCUGCUGAGCCAUUUUGAGAUGCUAAUAGCCUUCCUGACAUUUGAGGGUUUUUUUUGGGAGAAAAUUGAUACUAAUCAAUAAGAUAGAAUUUUUGUGUCUGAACCAUUCGAUCGAAUAUUAGCCAAUCACAUUUUUCCUUAACCUCCCAGUCAAAUUGUGAGUAUAUUUGAAAAAACCUGAAUUCAACUUUUGAUAAAUGGGGCUGUAUGCUGUAAGUAAACUUGAGAAGGGCUGUUAAGGUAUUAAAACCAUUGCAAAGUGUGAUAGGCCACUGGAACAUGUGGUGAUUGAAAUCACUGGCCAUGACUUUGGACGGCAGUCUCCUGAACUUCACUGUCAACUUGACAUCAGGCGAUUGUUACUCAUUUUGUAUUAUUGGUUGGCCAGACAUCAAACCCACACCCCCUGGACUUGCUGUGUGUGAGAUUCAGUUGUAGGUAAAAUGUCCCCUUUAAAUUUACUUGUCCUUCAUUAGCAUCAGGUUAACCAUUUUUCAAAAAAAAGUAGUCAUUCUGUAAUCCCAAUUACAAUACGAUUCGAUUGUGUGAGACUGAUAUAAUUAGGGAACACGCUAAAAGUCACAUACAUGUUAUGGUGCAGUAAAAUAAAACCUUAACAUUAAUGAAAUGCUUCUGUUGUUGAGAAACCACUGUGGGUUCCACGUAAAGUCACAACCAACGUUUUCCAAAAUGUCCAUUUGCGCAGUGUUUCGUUUUUUUGGGGGUAACGGUUUCUUUGUGUAACUUACAUUUUCUGCGAUUAAACCAUUGCUUCGUCAUCUUGAGGGACUGUGAUCAGAAGUUUGUUUUGGGGGUAAAAUCCAUUUUUUCAUUGAAUGAUUUCCUCAAAGGUGUUGUUGGUAUAUAAAAUAUAUAAGAUUUUUUAAUACUUGUUUUGUUUUGUAUGUUUCAUUUUACUCGAGGGCUAAUUUAAUUUACAUUUAUUGUAAUAUAUUUUAAAUUAAGUUUUAUAUCUUUUAUUUUUUGCUUUUUAUGGUACCAACAGCAUUUCCUUCAUUAACACAUCAAAUGAUUGAAGUUUAGCAUCUAAUUAAAUAUGGUAUUCUUAUGUAAGGCGAAAGUAUAAUGCCAAUGACCUAUUGAAUUCAAAAUGUCUUACAAACGAUGUCCCUACCCCCUCCCCACAUCACAGAAUUUUAUUGACUAUAUAUUUUAUCCAGCCAUAUGGCUGUUUUCUCAAGAACAAGAGCAUUGCAAUCAAAUUCAACGAAAUUUUUUUGAGUACAAAUAAUGUACAGUAUGUGUAAUUUUAUGGCCGUAAAAAAACUAUCUUGGUUGCAUAUUUUGUUUUGAUACAUGCAAUUAUGAAGGUCUCUUCUAACUAAAAAAUGGUGUUACUACUGCCUUGCAGCUCAUCCAUCCUUGACUUCUUAUGGUAUAGGGAAAGAUAAUUCUAUAUUAUUAAUAUGAAAACAUGUUAAAUCUAUUUUAUUUCUUGAGGAGGGGGCCGAGACUAUGGUAUUAAGGGAUUAAAUAUUUUAGAAUUUCAGUCCAGGUAGCUGGUCCAUACGUUCGGACUAUUAUAGACUACAUUCAGUGGAUUCAUGUUGCUUUCACUGAGAUGGUUAAUAGUCCAAGUGUUAUUUUGUUUUCUUUUCCCACGUAAAUGCAAAGUGAAGAACAAAUAUUUUUGCUGCCAAGUGCCAUAAAUAGAAUUGUACAGAAUGUGGUUAAGGAAUUGAGAAGUUUAUACUUAAAAGAAAAUAAAUUAUUCAUGAAGCCUU